CCAUAAUCACAGUAUGAUCAAUGUAGUCACAAGGACCAGAAACAGAUGGAGACAAAAAAGAGAGCAUGACUUGUUUUUGAAUGAGUUUCACAGCUGAAGAAGUCAUUCAUGGUUGACUCCAUCAGUUGAUAGUAUAAUGAAGAACCAGACAACUGUGACAGAAUUCAUUCUGCUUGGAUUCUCUGCAACCAAGAGACUGGAACCUCUGAUUUUUGCUUCUUUUUGUAUUACAUAUACUAUAGCUUUGCUGGGCAACCUUGUUAUUAUUACAUUAGUAUGGUAUGAUCACAGCCUCCAUAGCCCAAUGUACAUCUUUAUUGCCAAUUUAUCUUUUUUAGAGACUCUUUACACUACCACUGUUAUUCCCAAAAUGCUAGUCAACUUCAUGAAUAAAAGGAAAUCAAUUUCCUCUCAAAAUUGCAUUUUGCAAGCUUACUUCUACUUUUCAGCAGGCUCCUCGGAGUUCUUCCUUUUGGCAGUCAUGUCAUUUGACCGUUAUAUUGCCAUUUGCAAUCCACUGAGGUACACAGCUAUCAUGAACACAUCAUUUUGCAUCAAACUCUUAGCUGCUUCUUGGAUGUGGGGCUAUUUUGUUGUGAUCACACCAACCACCUUGUUAGACCAGCUGCAUUUCUGUGGUUCUAACACCAUCAACCAUUUCUUUUGUGAUGUUGAUCCUCUACUAAAGUUGGCCUGCUCUGAUACAGGAACUAUUGAGAUUAUUAAUUUUGUAAAUUCAGCAUUGCUCCUUUUAGGAUCAUUGCUGGUAACAGGGAUCUCCUAUAUUUUUAUCAUUGCAACAAUAAUUUGCAUCCCUUCAGCCAAAGGCCGCCAGAAAGCAUUUUCAACAUGUGCUUCACACCUGAUUGUAGUGAUUCUAUUCUAUGGAAGUUCUAUUUUCAUUUAUGUUCAGCCACAAAAAAACCACUCAUUAGAUCUCAACAAAAUGGCCAGCAUUCUGAAUACAGUGAUAACUCCACUAUUGAAUCCCUUCAUUUAUUGCCUGAGAAACAAGCAAGUUAAGGAAGCCUUGGCACACUUUACCAGGAAGAAAAUAUCCCCAAUGAUUAAUCUCAAAAUUCUAAAAAAGGGGAAUAGGUCUUUGCACUGCGUGUAAUAAUAGUUCAAAAUGAAUGAAAUUAUGUGUCCACAGAAGAGGGUUAGUUUCAAAGACCACCUACAAUGUCCUCAUGCAUUUAAGAUUGCAAUUUUAUAAAAUUUAUCUAGAAGCUGAUUCGGUUUAAUUCAGAAGUGCCUAUUCCUGUGCAAAUCUUCACUGUCCAUGAGUAAAGUUUAACUUUCAUAUUUUAUCUUAACAAUGGUGAUUGGAGGGGGAAAAAUGAUGCUGCAAAUCUUUCCCACUCCCCAUGGUGUCCCUCAAAUUCUGAUGACUCUAGAUGAGAGUUCUGACAACAGGGGGGUGGGGAAUGUUUCAAAAGAAAGGAAUGGCAAGGGAAGGGUGUUCAAUGUUCCUGGCUCAAUUAUGGAUUGUAAAUGAAAACAAAGUAAUAUCAUUCCUGGAGUAGGUAUAACAAACUCCUUCUCUCUCUCUCUCUCUCUCUCUCUCUCUCUCCCUAUCCCUAUCCCUAUCCCUAUCUCUAUGUAUCUUCUUUCCCUUUCAUUUUCAAUAUAAGCCUAUCUUUUUCAAGACAAUCCAAAUUUUUCUUAAUUAUGUCUUCUUCCGAUGGUGUUUCUUCAU